UUCCACGUAACGUCGAACCAGACCAAUUAAAUCUUUUAACCCGGAAAUUUCUCCACUUUGAAAAACAUCAGCUGUAUUAAAAUGCAGGCCGUCAACCUCUAGUAGACGAAAAUUCGCUGCUCGUGAGAAAUGGAUGGUCCUCAGGCCGGCGAAGCGCGAUCUAAUGGCGGACAAGAAGAAGUUCCAAAGUCAAGACCGCUUGAAAAUUCAACUCCGACAUUUCUUGUAGAUACAUUUUAUUUAGGCGUGGGGCUCCUGGAGCGUUAUGGCUGGCUCAUUUUGAUAGGGCUUGUGAUCCUGGUAUUCCUGUGGAGCAAAUUGAAACCGUACUGGAAAGAACUACAAAACAAGUGGGAAAGACAGCAAGAAAUUGCUAACUUUGACCCAAUAAAAGCAGCCAGGCAACAGGAGAGUAUGGAAAAUGCCAGAAGACGACUGCAAGAAAAACAGGAUGCCAAAGCUGCCAAGUUUAUGGAGGACCAAAAGCUGGCAGAUGAAACAAGGAGAAAAGAGAAGAUAGAAGACUGGGACAGACAUCAAGAAGGAAAAGGGUACCGCACAAAAAGAUAUAAAUCUCCGGAGGAUUCAGAGCAAUCCAGUCCUUCAUCAAAGCCAAAAAAACCUAAAAAGCCUCUCCGAAAAUCAGAUUACAGUCCUUUAUCUGGGGGUGGAAGUGGAUUCAGCUACAGACCACCAAGAAGAGGUGCAGGAGGCGGUGGAUGAGGUUAAAUCUACACACAGUCACUGAGUAACCAAUAUAGGCUUUGCUGUUUUAUAAAAUGAGGUUGUAAAGAAAUUCAUAUUGAUAAUGUGUGGCUCUGGAAAAUUUCCUUUCCCACUAGUACAGGGGAAUGGAGGUUCAAAAUUCUGGCCAAGGAAGAGGGCCUAUUUUUCUCCCUUUAACUUCCAAGAUCUGAUUGUUAAUUCUCCCCUGUAGCUGCUACACAUUUCAUUGUAAAUUAGUUAUGAGAACUUGGUGCUAGAUCAAGAUAGCAGCUUCUACCUGAUAAGCUUGAAUAUUCUCAUUACCUGUUUGCUGAAGAAUGUAUGGAUGUUGUGGGGAGAAGUUUUUGUUAAUCACUUCUGGGAGGUAAAGGGUCAACUCUUGAACUCCCAUGAGUGCAUGACCAAGGCAGAAUUUCUCCUUACCAUAUCAAAACAAUAUCAAACAGAUAUUAAGUGAUGAGAUUAAAGAGAAUAUCAAUUAGGGAAUUAGUAGUUGAUCCAAUACCAAAUUCUCCAAACUAACAUCA